AGUUGCGAUGUGAGACACGAGAAACGUGCCAUUGUUGUCGAACUGCAGCAAGCGCUAUUGUAGUCGUGCAUGUUCAACGUAACCAUAAAAUGGAGUGUGUAAAGAACAGCAUAGCCCUUACUAUAUUUUACUGAAUAAAUACAAACUUCUUUAUUGCCCCUUGAGCUUGCUGUUACUGAUCUUAGUCAGAGCUUAAUUUCUUUUGAAUUAAAGUAUUUGCGUAUUCAGGAAUUAUACAAAACCAAUACUCACUGAAAUCAAGAGAUCUGGAAGUUAACAAAGAGAUUUAAGAGAUGUCAUUAUUUUGUUAUGCUUCUCUGAGUGUUUUUGCCCUCCUGUUUAUCCAGUGGUCAGUGAUUGGUCAAAACCCAAUACUUGAAGAAUGCCUCUCACAGAGUAACUAUGUGGAAGUGGCUUCAGAUGCUGAUGUUUUUAUCGGGGUCCUGCUCAACAUACAUGAUCAAGGGAGAGGAAUCUAUGGUUGUGGUAAACCGAAAAUAGAGGGCGUUGAAACAUAUGGAGUGUUACAAUGGGUGGUAUCUUUGCUAAAUCAAAAUAGUGCUGUAAUUGGCGGUCAAGAUGUUACAGAAACAUUUAUUCCUGGUAUUAAAGUAGGAUUGAAGAUUUAUGACCCCUGUGGCCACCAGGGGACAGCAAUAAAGCAGCUAACUGACUGGUUUCCUGAGUUACUGUACCGAUCCAAAUCUUGUUCAACAGUGUCAAAUUCUUCAGAACUAAUUAUUGGUCUUCUCGAUAUGUCAGGAACAACAAAACAGCCUUACGUAAUUGAAUCACUUCGUGAUUAUGUUAUUCCCAGUAUUUCCACAGAGUUUAGUACAGCGGUUCCACCAGAUCACCUAGCUAUGACUAUAGCGGAAGUUGCUCACGACAUGGAAUGGCAGGAGGUGGCCGUCUUUCACGCAGAUGACGAACACAGCGUUGAAGUGACCAGAACACUCGGGAACAUAGCAACAGGUGGAAAAUUGUGCAUUAUUAAAUCGGAAGUCAUCUCAUCAGAACAAAACGGAAAGAGAUUUGAAACAAGAGCAUAUCAUAAAUUACUUAAUAUAAUUUCUACAAUAUUGAAAGAUAACACACCUAUUAUCAUUAUUGGCCAAGGAGAAGUUGUUCGCCAUCUUGUUAAGGCGAUGGGUGAUGUCCCCCAGACAGUCUCUCGUUUUCAGUGGCUAUUUUCAUGGGUCCCUGACACCGUUUCUCUUGCUAGACUCCAGAAUACAUUGAACCUAAAGAAUGUCUUCUCUCUAGCCCCAUAUCCGGAAGCUAUUCCACAACUGGAGCAAUACUGGACGAAACUUCAGGAUUUAACAAUCACAAAGAGACAGCAUGACCGCUGGCUUCUAGAGUACUUUAUGAACAUAAAAAAAUGUAGAGUUCCAGAUCUUGUUGAUUCAGCCCAUAAACAUUUACCACUUUGUUCAAACCUUGUUUUUAUUGAGUCUCCAGGACAAGUGUUGUCGAGAACAGCUCAUGCUAUUCCAAGUGUUCACGCGCUGUUUACCUAUGCGUAUGCACUUCGGAAGGCCUGGGAAAUCAAGUGUCUAGGCAAGAGUGGUGUUUGUUCAGCACUUCGCCUGAUGUCGCACCAAGAAUUUGUCUUGCAGUAUCUAGAACCUUUAGAAUUUAUUCACAGUACUAAGAAUAGAAGUCCACCAGAAAUAAGUGGUCGGAAAUCAUAUGGCAGCAGACCAGGAGAAAUUGAUUAUCUUCAUUUAGGCUUAACUGUAUAUACAUAUGAUUCAACUGUGGGAGUUAAACCACAACAGUUGGUGUUCUACGACAGCGUUCAAGCCCAUGUGAUCGACAAAGAUUUCAAAUAUCUCCCCUCUAAGUGCCCAGAGAGUGGGUGCAGCCAUUGUAUCACGGUACGCCAAGGCCGACUGGAAAAUUCUGAAAGGGAAUCUCGUGAGUUUUUCAUGAUUGGGCAAAAGGCAGAUGUAUUGAUUCCAAUACUUCUACCAAUUCACAAAUCAGGAUCUACGCCGCUAGAGUGCAACACCUCCAUUAACCCUGACGCUAUACAAGACUUAGAAGCAGCAUUGUGGAUACUGGAUAAAAUUAAUAGUGAUCCCAAAAUUGUACCAGGUAUCAGAUUAGGAACAGUUGUUAUCGACACGUGCGGGUCUUUUUUGAAAGUUACCCAACACUUAUCCACUUUUCUUGGCGCUCAGGCGGAGAGUUCGGAGACGAUUGAUGUCAAAUCCAUUUUAGCUGUUAUCUCAGCCACGUCUGCUGAAGAAUCAAGAACCAUAGAAGAUAUACUAACUCCUCUGAACAUCACAAGUGUGAGUACAGGUGACCGCUUGGCUGACAAUAAAAGGAGUCCCUACAGCUUCCAGAUUGCUGUCCCCGCUACCGUCAGAGCCAAAGCGACGGUUGAGGUCCUGAAACACUUGGGUUGGUCAUUCAUUUCUGUAGUUCAUAGUAAAGACCAAGAAAGUGUUCAAGGUUUUCAAGUAUUCAGAACAGAAGCUAAAAAAAACUUAAUUUGUAUUGCUAAUCAACUAUCGCCAGAGGAUGUAGGUGAUUCUGAAGAUGAAGUACAAAAAUUUAAUAAAACAAUUAGGAAAUUGCUUGAGGCUAGAGCCAAUGGUGCAAACGUCGUCGCUCUUUGGCUCAAUAAACGUGAUUAUCAGCUCUUCUUUUCAGCCAUUCAAAAAGCAAUCACAGAAGAAAUGAUCAAACGAAACCACUUUAUCUGGCUAAAAAAUGGCAUCUGGGGAGAAGAUAUGGAUAUUUUACAGAAUUAUGGAAACAAAGUUGUUGGAACUCUUGUUUUUAAACAGGGCCAGAAAGAUCACAUUCAGGAAUUCCUGACAUAUUUUCGGCGCCUUAAACCAGAAAACAAUAAGAGAAAUCCUUGGUUCCAGGAAUACUGGAAACAGCAAGUUGGGUGUGAGAGUAAAAAAUGCAAUAGUUCUUUGCAGUUUACUCCAAAUCCGAAAACUAUUGCUACUAUGCAAGCAAUAGUGGCUGUUGCAGCAGGUUUUUCUCGCUUGCACUAUGAAGUUUGCCAAACCGAAAGAGGGCUCUGCCCUCGCUUGUUACAGCAAACGUCGCUACGUCACUUCCUGAACGAGUACAUCAGGUACACCGCAUCCGCGAGACCAGAUGAGAAGGAAAAAAUGUUUAUGUUUACGAAAGAUGGAGUUGGAGAUAUUCCAGUGGAAAUUUUCAACCUCAGGAAAGGGGUUGGAAAUAUUUUAGCUUACAAGAAGGUUGGAGAAUUUCACGAUAGGUUGAGCAGUCUCGACACUAUGGUAACAUAUGGAAGUCAUGGUGAAGAAGUACUUUUCGAAAACAUUACAUCGGAAUGUAGAUUAAAAUGUAGUCACUGCGAGAAUCUAAACCAUAAUUAUCUGGUAGAAAAUUCUGCGAAUGAUUUAUAUUUGGGUGCGACCUUUGGUGUUCACAAGUCAUCCAAGAACCCUUUGGUAUGUGGAAAACUGAAUCCGUCCACUGGGCUUCAGCACGUGGAAGCAUUCUUAUGGGCACUGGACCAAGUAAACAACGACCACCGACUUUUACCUGGAGUCACUUUGGGAGCUGUGGUAUUUGACACGUGUAGUAGUAGAGAAAAAGCAUCACAAGAGAUUUUCAACUUUUUGAGUCAGUCAUUGAUAGGUCCUGAACCUACUGGCCAAUCAACGAUAUUUUCUGAGCCUGCUAAUCAACCACUUUUAAGUCCCGAGCCUGCCAAUGCUGGUGCUAGUUCCAAACUUCCAUUUGUAAAGCAUAUUUUGGGGUUCGUUGUAGGUCAACAGUAUGAAAUCGUCAAACCAGUUGUAGACCUUACCGUUGCCCAGAAACUGACCACGUUGGCUCCAGAGGUUAUCUCCACAGAAUUCAACAACUUGAACUGGUAUGAUUACCUCUUAAGACUUUCACUGCCAGCUAACCUGAUAGCUAACGCGAUAGUUAGUAUUAUGCAAGUAUUUCGCUGGAACUAUAUUUCUGUAGUAUAUUCUAGCGAAGUUCGUCAGCAAACAGACAUUUUCCAUAACUUGAAGAUCGAAGCUGAAGAACAGCAUAUUCAACUGGCCUUGACUGAGAAAGCUCCAAGUAGUAAAACGAGCUGGACAGUGACCCUUCGAAGGCUGAAAGCUAAAAAAGAAGAAGGAGCCAGAGUUGUUGUUCUGCUAUUGAGUGAUGAUCAUCUGAAUCAACUUCUCCAAGCCCUCCAAAAUUCUAGAAAGGAAAAAUCUGGCCAAGAUGGACACUUUGUGUGGGUCUCUUAUGGUAACAUAGAAGGUUUUCAACAUUCUCCCCGACUCUCGCUUGCUGCCAUCUGUGUCCGACCAGUAUUUCAUAACAUUCCUGCUUUCCAAGAAUAUUUCCAAAGACUUGAUAUUCGAAAAAAUUCCAGGAAGCCCUGGUUUCGAGAAUAUUGGGAACAGAUAUUCAGAUGCCGGGGAGCAGCCUGUUAUAAUAGAUUCCAGAGUAACCUCCAAGACUUUCCAUUCAGCCAAGACCCUGGUGUAUUCAAUGUAGUUGCUAGCGUCUUUGCUCUCGCCCAUGGUCUGGAAGAGACAAGAACCAGUCUUUGUCCUGGCGUGUCUAGAGGAUUCUGUCCGGAUUUCAAAGAAAGUCCUGAUUUGAGAGAAAUAAUAUUCAAUUCAACAAAGCUCGCACGACUCGACGGACUUAAAGGAAGAAUCGAAUUAUUUACACAGAAUAACUAUGGAACUGGAGGCUUAGACAUUUUAAACUUUCGUCAAGUAGGACUCAGCGACUACGCUUUCGUGAAAAUUGGAACUUACACGGAAAAGAAGAUUAACAUAAGCCAAGUUCGUAGCUACGACAGCAAUGGCCGAGCUAACAGUCUUAAUGAUGUCAUCUCCACCUGCCUGAAGAACGACAUCUGUGGUGAGAGAAUUGUUUUUCGUCUUCCACAGGAAAUGAAAAUGAUUUCAGACAACUCAAGCUAUGUCAUCACAUCUUUGAUGUCAAUACACCAACCAGGAGAAACGUUCUUUUCGUGUGGAUCACUAAAUCUAAAAAAUUUUCAGAAUCUUGCAGCGCUUACUUUUGCUUUAGAGGAAGUGAACAAAAAUGUAGGGUUAAACACGGGCAAAGUACUCGGGGCGUUAGUACUAGAUGACUGUGGUAGCACCCAGAGGGCCCAGGAAAAACUGUUUCGCUAUUUUGAAGAUGAACGUGAGAACAUGUUAAGGACAUCGGGUCCAAAGACCCAGACUGUCAUCACUGCUCUAACUUUCGACCAUCAGGUUGCGCUAGAAGUUUUGCCAAUUUUGCAGGCUAGUGGGAUCCCUCAAGUUAGCAUGUCCCCCGUGUUGUCAACUGUUACCGAAGAGUCGAUUCUUGCUAUUCCAGCCUAUCUCCACUUGCAAAUAUCAGCUGUAGUAGCGCUUUUGCAAAAAUAUCAUUGGACAUAUGUGAAUGUCAUAAUAACCAAUGACGAAUUCGGAAAAGAAGCACUUUUCAAAUUUUCGAAAAUAGCAAAAAGAAAUGGAAUUUGCGUCGCUCAGCUUGUCAACGUUGACGUUGGUUUCAAUGUUAAACAGAUAACAGCGGAGUUAUCUACAUUUUUCUCGGAUCCAAAUGUUAAUGUCAUAGUACUUUUAACCAAUGAAACCACAGCAAGAAAGAUUAUUUGGCAAGCUGCUGAAGAAGCUAAUAUUCUUGACCGAUAUGUUUGGAUUGCUACUGAGAGCUGGAAAGCUGACCAUCAUUUGGCGAGAACUUUAAAGAACACCACAGUAAACGCUUUCGUAGUAAGAUUGGAAAAUCAUAAUAUCCCCGAAUUUCGAGAAUUCUUCACUAACAUGACGCUAAGCAGACACGAGCCCUUCCCUGACGCUUGGUUUGAAGAGUUCUGGCAACACCAUUUUCGGUGUCAACUAAUUAGCAGCCUGGUUGCCCAACAUCAGUACCCGGAUGUUUGCAGCGGACAAGAAUUUUUUAUUGAAGAAAACUUUCAACAAGCGGACCAGGUUUACUUCACCAUCACAGCUGUUAGAUCGAUAGCUCGAGCAUUACGAUCGCAGUUGGCCAAACGCUGCCAACCAUUUUCAAACAUGACAGACUGUGAGGGCAUAGCAGGUAUGUUAUUGGCUCAAGAAAUCAGGAAAGUACUAAAAAACCAAGAAACCCAAUGUGAAGAUUCUAGAUGUGGUUCUAUCUUUGGAUACCAAAUACUUGCAUUGCACAGCCAUUCUGAAGGACAGUAUUCUUAUAGAGUGGUGGGAUUAUGGAAGAACCACAAGCUUGACCUCAACGAGAAAGAUGUGACCUUUUCCUAUGGUGAGGUUCCAACAUCUGCGUGCUUCGAGAACUGUGAAAAGUGUGCUAAUGACCAAGAUCUUUACAAUUAUCGACUGGUGUAUAGACCCGCACUGUACACGAAUUUCAAGACCGUUUGGGGAAUCAUUGUCACUGCUUUGUCUCUUCUUGGAAUCAGCUUAGUGGUUAUUUGCACUCUCUACUUCCUGAUGGUGUUUCCAGCUGCCACCGGAACUACCGUGCUUGGUUUUCUUAUAUUGUUUGGUCUUCUGGUUCUGUACGGGCUAAACUUUGCCUUUAUUCUAACUCCAAACAUCUAUACAUGUGGAGUGCGCAGAUUCUUAAUGGGUCUGGCCUACGCCAUUAUCAUUUCGGGGAUGUUGGUAAAGGUAAUGAAUGCAUGGAGGUUUAUGGGUUAUAAGAAUAAUCGGGUUCUGAAAGAUUAUUCUCGCCUUACCAGUCCAACUGGUCUGCUGCUGAUGGUUGUGGGUCUCGUCGCCAUCCAGGUCGUACUGAGCACGGCUUGGUUAAUGUUGCGUCCUCCAGAAGUUGGUGUAUACAGUCAGGUGUGGAGGUGUUCUCCUCCUUCAACAUUUGAAGAUGAGCUGGUCAUCUCCUUAGUAUAUGUAAUGCUUCUCUUGGCCUUGUCCAUCCUCUUUUCUCUGUUGUCUUGGAAGUGUGGUGAUGGAAACAAAGAACCCCGUUGGAUACUUCUCAUUUGUAUCUUGAAGGCAGUAGUCUGGAUAGUUUGGACUGUUCUUGCCACCCAGUUAUAUCCACUGUAUCGUGAUGUUACGAUAGUAGUGGCCAAUUUAGUAUGUGCUACCAUUGUUAUGUUGUGUCUAUACCUUCGUAAAGUUUAUCUGUACAGCAAGCUCACGCGCAGAGCGCGUGAGAAAGGUGUGGGAGCACAGCUACAACUACGCACUAAGCCUCGUUCUAAAUAUGGAGCUCUGCAGAAAGAAGGGAUAUCACUCUCUUUUUACGGUUCAAUGGCGUCUCUGCAUAAAAUUAUGUACGGUGUUGGUCCCUUUUCACGUCGAUCUUUUGGAAAUGCACCGUCAGAUGGCGAAAGCUCCAACUCUACUCAAGUUCAGGGAACAGAUCUGUAUCCGAUGGAGAUGUAUGAUGGUGGUAGCCAGUUCCAACCGGGUAGUGGUGUCCUUACUGAAAAAGAAAUGCUGGCGUUGGAGGACAAUAUGACCAUAACGCAGCAUCAACAAACAUUACUGACCAACACGGUGCUUUAAACUCUAGCUACAACGUUAUGAUGACUUCUACGUGAACACCACCGCCAUUUUCAGCUUCUGAAAACACUACAAUUGUGUUCUUUUGUGGCCCAAUUUUUGGUAAUUUAUAUGAAAUACCGCUCUGAACGAGACUCUACGAGACUGAUAAAGAUUAUCUCGAUAAUACUGCAUGAGAAAACUUUUACUUCUAUUUUAUUAUACAGUUUUAUCUAAAUAUACAUAAUAUAGUAAUGUCUAAUUUAAUAAUAUUGUACGGUUCUUCAUUAAAAAGUAAGCGCAUUCCGCAUACGUCUUAUGUGAAAAGUAUUUUCAAAAUAAGAGAAAUAAACAUAAAUUGUAAAUUAAAAAAAAUAACCAAUACAUAUAAAAAAGACAGAACAAUAAAAUGAGUUUUGUUUCUAUAGUAAUGGUAACUUCUUCACUGCGGAACAGUGUUUAUGU